GGAGUCAGUAGCAGUUCGCGACUGCGGCAGUGACCACCGCCCGUCAUAUCACUCUUCAUAACCGCUGUACGCGUGCAUCAAAAACAAAACAAAGCGGCAAUCAGUGGGUAAUAAUGGCUGCAGGCGACGUGACGCGGCGCGCCUCUAUCACCGCGCCGUCUAUGCACCGCCGGCCGUCCGCGCGCCGCGGCUCUCUCAUCAAGAACCCGCAAACACAAUCACAGGAAGUACCGUGGGAUAUAAUAGAUCGUUGCGCGCUACCCAUCGUGCUAUGCCACGCGCUUGCCGUCGUGCUGUCGGCGCUGCUCAACGCGAUGCAUCUCAGCCAGAUAUCCGUCUUCACUCUCUUCCUCUGGUUCUCUAUAUCUGUUACCGGUUCACUCUGGUUUUACCAUAAUUUACAGGUAACAGCUGCUGGGAAGGCUGUCCUUGUUACUGGAUGUGACAACGUAUUGGGCAAUGCACUCGCGCGUCGUCUUGAUGAUCUCGGCUACCACGUGUUCGCCGGCUUCCAGAAUAAGGCUGGCAACAUCGACGCCGAUAUGCUCAAAGAAGAUUGCUCCGGACGCUUACAUACAUUGCAACUUGAUAUCACAUCUGAAACUCAGAUAUUGUCGGCAUCCUUGUAUAUCGUGGAUCACUUACCAGAGGGCGCGCAGGGUCUGUGGGCAAUCGUCAACUGCGAAUCCUGGUGCGCACUCGGUGAACUAGAAUGGGUACCUUUCUCAGUCAUCCGUAGAGCUAUGGAAGUUAAUUUGUUAGGGCCGGCGCGGCUUGUUCAAGUGAUGCUACCGCUGGUGCGGCGCGCUCGCGGCCGUGUGGUGCUGGCCUCCUCUAUCCUGACGCACGUGGCAGCGCCUGUACGCGGCGUGCAUGCUGCCUCGAUGGCCGCGCUUGACGCCCUCGCUGCCUGCCUACGACGCGAACUCAAACCGCGAGGUGUUGAUGUUGUGGUUGUCGCGGCGGGUGAGUACACGACCGGCAGCGCCUGGCUGUCCGAGGAGAAACUUCUGGAGCAAGCUCGCGACAUGUGGAAGAGACUCAGCGACGAACAAAAGGGCGCAUACGGCGAAGAUUAUUUCGAACAAGCUCUUCGUAGUCUCGAAAAGUACACUAAGAGUGCGGACGGUGACCUGACUGCUGUGACUCGAUCUCUGAGCGACGGCGUGACCCGUACGUUCCCUCUGGCGCGCUACACGCCGGUCUCGCCGCGGGAAAAACUCAAGUCUUUGUUGGCUGAACAUCUCCCUCGAUCUCUAUAUGAAGGACUCUACUCGGAUUAAACGAAUAAUGGGUUACGAAAUAGCGAAAUAUAUAUUUUUUUUCGUUUCAAAUCAAUCUAACAAUUUUAAAAAUAUUGUAAAGCAUUUUGUUUGGCUUGCAUUUUGAAAUCGAAAUAAAAUACAUUGAUAUGAAACAACGUUACGAUUUAUGAUUAUAAAAUGGGCUUUACUAAAACUACGACAAACCUCCGAAAAAUACGAAUUGAAUGAUAUCUGAAACUAACUGGUUUUAACAGUUUUGGCUUAGGGUUACAUUAAAUACAUCUAUAUACAAGCGAAAAGGGAACCAUCUAGUCGAGUAGUAAGCUCUUUUAAAAAAUUCCUUACAACUAAAAACUAGUCAGCAAUCAUUUCAAUUAUAAUUAUUGCUAUUAAAUUAAUUAAUUACAUUUAAUGCUUAUCUGUCAAUCGUCAUUUUCAUUUGAAAGUUAUAAAAUAUUUAUUAAAAUAUUAAUGUACUACACUACAGUCUUAUUAAUGAGUGUUUUGCGUAAAUAUAUUUGAUUGAAUUUCUAGUCAGUAAACUUUUUAAAU